AUGGCCGACUUGCCUGACGAAAAGGGCAAUUUGCCUGCCGGAGAAAAGACCCAACAGGGAGCACCAGAUUCCAAGAACAGCGCAGGAAGCCGCCACUCUUCCGAGAGUACCAUCCCGAAGAAGAUGGGGAGCCGGAGCCGCGAAAGUCUCAGAGAGGGGGAAGCCGUGAACGACGUCAAGAGCGAACACGCGCAUGACGACCACGGAGACGAGUCCCAUGAUGAACAUGACUCCCACGAUGACAUGGAUAGCGAUGAAGAUGAAGAAUCGCAUGCCCACUCCGACGUGGAGGAUCAGCGUGUGCCGACGCGGACGUCGUCGACGCACUCGAGGCCCGUCUCCGUAAUUCCCAGGUCGAAGCGCAGAGGGCUGCUUGGCAGGUUUAGUGUCAUCCCCGAGGUCGAUCGGCCUUACGAUUACAGCAGGUCUACGAAAUGGAUGCUCACGGGUGUUGUUUCGAUGGCGGGUGCUGUUGCGCCGUUUGGAUCGAGCAUCUUCUAUCCUGCUCUUGGUGUAAUGUCGGAAGAAUUCCAUACGACGCAGACCAUCACCAACUUAUCCAUCGCCAUGUACAUGAUCUCCAUGUCAAUCUUUCCCCUUUGGUGGUCCUCCUUCUCAGAAGAAUUCGGCCGCCGCUCAAUCUACGUCGUCACCUUCUCCCUCUUCGUCAUCUUCUCCGUCCUCAGCGCCGUGAGCACAAACAUCGCCAUGCUCAUCGUCAUGCGCCUCCUAGGCGGCGGUGCCUCCGCCUCGGUCCAGGCCGUCGGAGCCGGUACCAUCGCCGACAUUUGGCAGGUGAGGGAGCGAGGGAAAGCCAUGGGCAUCUUUUAUCUCGGGCCGCUGUUAGGUCCUCUCCUCGGACCCAUCAUCGGCGGUGCGCUCUCCCAGGAUUUGGGUUGGAGGUCGACGAUGUGGUUCUUGACGGGGUACGGCGGCAUUAUACUUGUUCUCAUCAUUUUCUGUCUUCCCGAAACGUUGGCAGUGAAGAACCAGCAACCUCUGAGACCGACUACGACUCGCGAGUCGACGGCGUCCUCUGUUAUAAGCGUUCAUGCAAAGAGGUCCGCUGACUUCCUGAGGCGCAUAUUCCUCAACCCCUUCCGCGUCAUCGCCAUGCUUAGGUUCCCUCCCAUCCUCCUAACCGUCAUCUGGGCGGCCGUCACCUUUGGCUCUCUCUAUGUGGUUAACAUCUCCAUCCAAAACGCAUACUCAAACCCUCCUUAUUCUUUCCAAAUGAUCAUCGUCGGUCUCUUCUACAUCCCAGCUUCGGUAGGCUACAUCCUCGCCUCCAUCUUCGGCGGUCGGUGGAUCGACUACAUCAUGAUUCGCCAGGCGCGUAAAGCAGAGCGCUACGAUUCUCGCGGGAGACUCAUCUAUCUCCCCGAAGAACGGUUUGCCGAGAAUGCCUGGACAGCUGGGACUAUGUACCCCCUUGCUCUUAUUUUGUACGGCUGGACCAUUCAGAAGGGCCUGCAUUGGGUAGUGCCCUCUAUUGGAACAUUCUUCUUUGGUGUGGGAUCCAUGCUCGUCUUUGCCGUUGCGACUACCUCGCUCACAGAGUUUAUGCCCAAACGUGGCUCGGAAGGUGUCGCAGUCAACAACUUUGUACGAAACAUUCUCAGCUGUGUUGGCGCCAUCGUCGCCGAGCCUGUCAUCUCCGCUAUUGGCAACGGCUGGACAUUUACUAUAUUAGGCAUCUUUAGCUUGAUUCUAAGUUAUAUAUGUAUUUGGAUGAUGAGGACUUACUCACAGAAGUGGAGGAAGCAGAUUGACGACCAUCUCGACAAGACUCGAACGCGAUAA